AUGUCUGAAAAGUAUAAAAAAAGCAAUUUUGAACAAUUAAUAAAGAUAAAUUGUCAGGCGAAUGAUCAAAACUCUACAAAGGAUAACAUUGAAAAUGUGGAUGAAGAUCUCUUUUUUGAGGAGGAAUUUAAUGAAAAUGAAGAGCUUCUACAAAUUAAUGAUGAAGCAGUGAAUAUAGAUAUAAAUAAUGAACUGGCAAUAGAAAAAUUUUUCGAUAUUAAAAUGUUUGAACAAAACCUCAAGAAAACAGAUGAAGAUAACUCAACUACUUAUUCACAAAGACCUACCACUAGAACUGACGAAGACUGGUCAAUUGAUGAUAUUUUUUCCCAAUUCUAUAGUAAUAUAUGA